CCCUUUCCUCCCUUCUGCAUUAAACAAAUCUAAGCUUUUGCAUAAUAACAUCCCCACCGUAGACAGCCUCACUCUGAGAGUUCUUUAGAAAAAAAAUAAAGUGGUAAGAGAAAUGGGAAAAUUCCCAGUGAUCAACUUGGAGAAACUGAAUGGUGAGAGAGCAGCAACCAUGGAUCUAAUCAAAGAUGCCUGUGAGAAUUGGGGCUUCUUUGAGGUGUUGAACCAUGGGAUUCCCUAUGAAUUUAUGGACAGAGUGGAAAGCUUGACGAAGGAGCAUUACAAGAAAUGCAUGGAGCAAAGGUUUAAGGAACUGGUGGCAAGCAAGGCCCUUGAGGGUCUCCAGGCUGAGGUUACUGAUAUGGACUGGGAAAGUACCUUCUAUUUGCGCCAUCUCCCUGAAUCCAACAUGGCUGAAAUCCCAGAUCUAACCGAUGAAUACAGGAAGGUGAUGAAAGAAUUUGCAUUGAAAUUGGAGAAACUAGCAGAGGAGCUGCUGGACCUGUUCUGUGAGAACCUUGGUCUAGAAAAAGGAUAUCUGAAAAAGGCUUUCUAUGGGGCAAAAGGUCCCACCUUUGGCACCAAAGUUAGCAACUACCCACCAUGUCCCACCCCAGACAAAAUCAAGGGACUCAGAGCCCACACGGACGCCGGUGGCAUCAUCUUGCUGUUCCAAGCCCAAGUGGGCGGCCUUCAGCUUCUUAAAGACGGGGAAUGGGUGGAUGUCCCCUUGCGCCACUCCAUCGUGAUCAACCUGGGAGACCAGCUGGAGGUGAUCACCAACGGCAAAUACAAGAGCGUGGAGCACAGGGUGAUUGCCCAAACCGACGGGGCUCGCAUGUCGAUAGCUUCGUUUUACAACCCCGGCAGCGACGCCGUUAUCUACCCGGCGCCAGCCCUGGUGGAGAAAGAAGAAGAAGAAGAAGAAGAAGAAAGGAUUUACCCAAAAUUUGUGUUCGAAGAUUACAUGAAGCUUUACGGUGUGCUUAAAUUCCAGGCCAAGGAGCCGAGGUUUGAAGCCAUGAAAGCCAGGGAAGCAACAGCUUAAAGAGAAUUCAAUACCUGACGUAGCUUUGAGUUUGAUCUGUUAGUCUAUUUUAAGCUUUGUAAUGGUGUAUUAAAGAAAAAAGAAGUCAAUGUUGACUAUAGUCUAUUGAAUAAUCUAUUUUAUUCUAAACAGUGAGGACCCUGUCAAUUUCUACCAUAAAAGAUUUGAUAGAAUAAAAUUGCUUACAAAGGGAAUGGUGGGUUGCCAAGA